GUGGGAUACAUAGCACCGCAGCUUGGCAAGAAGGUCGCGAAUAAAUCUUGCUCGUCGCCGACCGUGCCUCUUCCCAUCAAAUCGGCUCCGUACCCAUGGGGCAACUGAUGCCUCUCAACUCUCUCCAUAUCCGAGCUCUACCCAUGGACUACGAGAAGCCCGAAGCCCUUCACCCGGAGGUCUACCCACACACCGGUCAUCUGAGUCCGCAACCCGAUGGCGAGGCUACUCUGCACAACUUCGAUGAGCCGCCUGCUCCCGAGGACCGUCGCGAGUUUCGUGGAGAUAGUCUCUGGCGAGUACUGCAUGAGCGGCAUAUCAACAUGAUAGCCUUUUCAGGCUCGAUCGGGAAUGGCCUUUUCCUGGGAUGCGGCAAAUCGCUGGCCAGUGCCGGCCCUGGCGGUGCUGUCGUGGCCUAUGUGCUUAUGGGCACUGUUAUCUCCUCGGUCAUCAGCUGCCUGGGUGAAAUGACAGCCCUGAUGCCCGUCAACGCCCCCGUCAUGGAGUUCCCGCGUCGAUUCGUGAGCCGCGGGGUUGGGUUUGCGGUCGGGUGGAUAUACUGGUUUGCGUAUGCUGUCCUCGCUGGCCAGCAGCUGGUCGCCGUGUCCAAUGCCCUCAAGUUCCGAUAUGACGAUGGGAAGACUUUCCUAAACUGGGAAGUUGGCGAGAGUGUCGACAAUGCUGUCUGGAUCUCCGUCUUCCUGAUCCUCGUAGUGACAUUCAACAUGUUCCCUGUCCGGGUGUUUGGAGAGCUCGAGUACAUAUUCGGCUGCUUCAAACUCACCUUCAUCACCUUGCUCAUCGUGAUGAUGUUCUUCCUGUCCAUCAUUCAACCCCGCGGAGCCGCCUACUACACAGAGCCACUGGGUACCCGUUUCUGGAACUCUCCAUAUUCGUUUUUCAACGCCGCCUAUGCUGCCAAGGACGAGAAUCAUGAAAUCCGGCAUGUCAUUACCGGGUCGCUGGGGACUCUCCUGGGCGUCUGGACAACAUUUACCAGCGUUUUGUUUUCCUACAUCGGAAUGGAUAUUGUCGCCGCCACUGCCGCAGAGAGCCGAUCACUGGCCAACGUGGAGAGCAUGAAAAUGGCGGCGCGGAAGAUCAACCUUCGGGUCAUCACUCUGUACUCGCUUGCUGUCCUGACGGCCUCCUUCGUCGUUCCGAUGGACCACCCCUUCAUCAAUGGCCAGGCAACAUCGGUGAGCGCUCGCUCGGUUUUCAUCAUUGCAGCCGUUGAGGCCGGCAUGCCGAAGGUUGCCCACUUCUUCAAUGCCGUCUUCUGCUUCUCUGCCUUCACGUGCGGAAUCAACUCCAUGUACAUCGCCACCAGGGUGCUGCACACACUUGCCUUGCGCGGCCAAACGGGGCCGGAAUUCAUCACCAGGCGUUUACGCGCAUGCCGCUCCGGUGUACCUGUCCGGGCAGUUUUGGCGACCGGCGCCCUUAUGAUGGUGUCGUACAUGGGCCGCUCUGGUGAGCCCGGGGCCCGACUUGACGAGCUUUCCAUCAACUGCACUGUCUCGUGUCUGGUGGUCUACGCAACCAUCUGCGCCACAUACCUAUGCUUCUUCAGGACGCUCGAAGACACCAAACUGUACGGAAACAUGUCCGAGGCGCAGGCAGCCACGUACGACCGGGACCAUCCGCUGUACCCCUACAAAUCCCAUGGCCAGUGGCUCAAGGGCUGCUAUGGCAUGGUGGCUUGCGUUAUUCUGAUCCUCUUCAAUGGCGUCGGCGCGUUUAUUGAGCCUUUCAACGCUCGCAAGUUCGUGUCAGCGUACAUUAGCCUGCCCACGUUUCUAGUCCUCAUCGUGGGCUAUAAUCUUCGCAAACAUGGGCUAAGGCUCUCUGAUUGGUGGUCUGACAAGUCCGGUGACCUAAGCAAUGCUGUCCAGGCAACCAGUUUGAGGAGAAAGGGAAGACUGGAAUUCCCGGACAACGGAUUGACCAGGGAGAAUAUCCUGACCUUCCUCAGGUGGAUAUGGGUAUGGAUGAAGUAGAACCAUUCGCUUUUUCUCUGUCCCUGUCGUCCUUAUGUUCCAGGGUGGCAAGAGACUAGCAGACUGGUUUUAUCUCUCGCGG